AUCUGCGUCAUCCUGUUUCUUUUGACAGCUAGCAUGUAGCAGAUGCUAACUAGCGAAACUCGGCGAACAUGUCCGUCAGAUAGUUCGUAGGAAGUUCGGAAAAGGACGCAGAGUUCCCGCAGUUCCGGUCCGUGAGUCUCUGCCAGGAUGUUUUCUUCAGCCUGGAAUUUUAUCAAACGUCACAAAAAGAAAUUCCUUUUCACCGGAGCUGUCGCUGGAGGGGUCUACCUCUUGGGUAAAUAUGCCCAGAAGAAGAUCAUGGCGCUCCAGGAGAAGGAGGCGAUGGACUACAUCGCUCAGGCCAGGAGGCAGUUCCACUUCGAGAGCAACCAGAGGACGUGCAACAUGACGGUGCUGUCCAUGCUCCCUCCACUGAAAGAAGCCAUCGUCAUUCAACUCAACUCAGAAAGUCUCACUUCACUACUCAAGACCAAACCGGCCAACAAACUGGAGAUCUGGGAAGAUUUAAAGAUCAUCAGUUUCACUCGCACCGUUGUUGCCGUGUACAGCACCUGCAUGCUGGUGGUUCUCCUGAGAGUCCAGCUGAACAUCAUCGGUGGAUAUCUGUACCUGGACAACUCUGUGGGGAAGAACGGAACGACACCACUCGCUCCUCCAGACAUUCAGCAGCAGUACCUGUCCAGUAUCCAGCAUCUGCUGGGAGACGGUUUGGCAGAGUUGAUGACGCUGGUGAAGAAAGCGGUGCAGAACUCACUGGGGGGCUUGUCUCUGAAGCACAGCAUGUCUCUGCUGGAGCUGGAGCAGCAGCUGAGUUGGAUUCGAGCGGAGGUGGAGGCCGGGUCCGAGCGCUCUCUGUCCUGGUACAUGCUGUCUGACGACGAGGACACGCUCGCGGACCAGGCGUGUGGACUGACAGAGACCGACUUGAUGACCAUCAGACUGCUGAACGAGACCAGAGACAUGUUGGACAGUCCGGACUUCACCACCGUCCUGAACGCCUGUCUCAACCGGGGUUUCUCUCGCCUCCUCGACAACCUGGCGGAGUUCUUCCGCCCGCCUCCUGGUGACUGCUCCUCCAGCGCCGCUUCUGAUAGUCUGUCUGCAGUCAGUCUGCCGCUGGCGAAGAUCAUCCCCAUCAUCAACGGUCAGAUCAACACCAUCUGCAGUGAAACUCCCAGUCACUUUGUCCAGGAGCUGCUGCUCAACGACCAGGUGAAGGAGUUUGCCGCCAACGUCUACGACGCCUUCAGCACUCAGGAGGAGCUGCAGAAAUAACACCAUGGACCAAUCAUGAGGAGGAGGAGGACGAGGAGGAGGAGUAGAGUGUGGUCAAUAUCAGAGAUAUAAGAUGAAGAUGAGUCGUGGACUUGUUGCCCCUCCCUCCUCUCUGUGAGACGGUUUCCUCCUCGCCAUCGCUCCAGCAUCUGACUCUGUUGGAGCGUCUGCUCUGGGAACCAUUCCGUGACGGAUCAUUGAACUGGUGGAGGAGGAGGAACCUUCCCGGGUGAUCAACCCCUGGAUAAAGCAAUGCAUCUUGGGAAUUUAAGAGUCUUGAAUAACCAGGUAGUGUCAUGUUCUAAUCGACCCUGAAAGGCGGGAAGGAUGAGACGUUUCCAUUACGAGCCGAACGCCACGUUUUCCAAACAAGUCGUCACGGAUCAACUUCGGUUUAAUUAGUUAAUCACAGGUUUGAGAUGAUUUCCCCUUUUUGUUCUAUCAGCUGUGAUUUCCCGUCUCCGGCGGUUCGGUCGACGCCCUCGCUGUGUGUCCAGAUCUGAAGGGUUUACAAUGUGUUGCGUUUUUCUAUUUUUAAUUUCCAUAAGGUGGUAAAGGGAUGUGGUGAUAUUCAGGCUUUUUAAUCUGGACUUUUUGCUUUGAAUUUUUUUCGUCACGGUGUUUAAAGAAAUCUGCAGCAGCUCCGUCCUUGUUCAGCAGAUUUUACAACUUGAUCACUUUGAAGUGCCAGUGAUUCAAUUCAAAUUUAAUAUUUCAUAAAGUUAACAUGAUUAAACACAAAAUAUGUGAACAGAGCCCGAGGUGCACGACCCUCAGUGACUCUCAGCUCUGUUUGCAUCGUUGCACAUGAGUCACCUCUUCUGCUGCGAAGUUAAACAAAAUAAAAGAACAUUAAUAUUAAAUAAUGUGCAUAAAGAAAAGAUACAAUAACAUGAUUUCAGAAAAUCCCAUGUUUCUGUAGUUUGACCAGCAGGUGUCACUCUUCCUCUGCUACUGUGAAAACUCAUCCUGUCAAUUCAUAGAAGGAAAUUCAUUAUAUUUAAAAAAUAAAAUAAUCAAAUUAA